UGCUCAGAGGCUCAGGAACCCCCUCCCCGCAGGCCAGGUCCCAAGACGUAGCUAGGCGCAGGUGCCCGCCAGGUGUCUUUUGCAGUCAAAGGCCUCCGCUUUUGGAGAGCGCCGGCUCUAGCUUUGCGCAUUCCGCCCGGAGCCUGCCUGUCUCUGCCUCUCUCGUGGUGAUGGUGGGGGACUGGAGCCAUUUCCCUGCCCUGGGCAGGGGGUGGGGACGGGUGCAGGUGUUUCGGGUCCCUGGAUGUGAUGCAGCUGGGAGGCGACGCGCCUGGCUGAGGGCGCGGGUGCCAACAUCUCCCUGUGCGCGCCCUGGGCAGGGUCCCCUCCUGCCGAGGAGGCUGCUCCUCGCAGCCUUGCAUUCCCAGGAAGGAAAGGAUCCAGCCUCCUGCUACGGGUUUGGAAGCAACUCUAAUUAGCACAGUCAGAACUUGGAGGCUCUUGAAGGCUUCCCGAGAGCACAGAUGGAUGAGCAAGAUUCAUCUGGAACGGAAGCAGGAAAAGUCAGUGCCUUCAAAAUCGGGAGCAGAUUCUGGGAAAACUCUGUGCAGAAGAUCCUGGGUGAGGAGGACACUCUCUGCUCAGAUGUGCAGAGCCAGCAGUUCAGGCAGUUCUGCUACCAGGAGGCCAAAGGACCCCGAGAGGUUUGCAACCGACUCUACCACCUUGACUGUCAGUGGCUAAAGCCAGAAAGUCACACGAAAGCUCAGAUGCUGGACCUGGUGAUCUUGGAGCAGUUCCUGGCUGUCCUUCCACUGGAGAUGGAGAGCUGGGUGAGGGAAUGUGGAGCAGAGACCAGUUCCCAGGCGGUGGCCCUGGCCGAAGGAUUCCUCCUGAGUCAGGCAGAGGAGAGGAAGCAGGUGGAGAAGCAGGAAAAGGAUCUGUUUGCAGAAAUGGGCCCGGAUUCCUUUGGGGCAGAGAAGACUCAGCUGAGCACCAGAAAGUUGACACUGGGUGACGGAAGGAUGCCGGUAAGACCUCCUCAUUCAUCUUUUCAUUGUGGUGGAGGGGAAACGGUGGCUGUGGAACCAGACCAGGGUCCGGUGUGCUUUGAAGAUGUAGCUGUUCAUUUCACAGUUGAGGAGUGGGCUUUGCUGGAUCCUGACCAGAGAGCUCUGCAUAAGGAAGUCAUGGAGGAGAAUUGUGGGAUCAUGAACUCUCUCAGUGGUGAUGAAUUGGAAAUUAAGAACAGGGGAGACCAUGACAAAAGCCAUCCAGUGGAGAAUCUAUAUGAAGUUUGGGAUUCUGGAGAGAGCCUGAGUGAGAGCUCCCGUUCUACUUCCUGUAAAAUAAAUCCCAUUGGGAAGACACUCUAUCAGUGCUUGGAAUGUGGAAGCAGCUUCACUCGGAAGGAAAGUCUCACUUCCCAUCAAAGAAUUCAUACAGGGGAGAAACCCUAUCAGUGCUUGGAGUGUGGAAAGAGCUUCAGUCGGAACUCCCAUCUUACUUCCCAUCAAAGAACUCACAGCGGGGAGAAACCAUAUCAAUGCCAAGAGUGUGGAAAUAGCUUCACUCGGAAGGAAAGUCUCACUUCCCAUCUUAGAAUUCAUACAGGGGAGAAACCCUAUCAGUGCUUGGAGUGUGGAAAGAGCUUCAGCCGGAAGGAAAAUGUCACUUCCCAUCAAAGAAUUCAUACAGGGACAAAACCAUAUCAAUGCCUGGAAUGUGGGAAGAGCUUCAGUCGAAAGAAAAGUCUCAUUUCCCAUCAAAUAAGUCAUACAUGGGAGAAACCAUAUCAGUGCUUGGAAUGUGGAAACAGCUGUAAUACAAGCACAAACUUUCAUAAUCAUGAAAGUAGUCACCUUGGGGAGAAAGCAUUUCAAUGCCAAGAAUGUGGAAAGUGCUUCACCUGGAAGAAAAGUCUCAUUUCCCAUCAAAGAAUUCAUACAGGGGAGAAACCCUAUCAGUGCUUGGAAUGUGGAAAGAGCUUCAGUCAGAGUGCCCAUCUCACUUCCCAUCAAAGAUCUCACAGUGGGGAAAAACCCUAUCAAUGCUUGGAAUGUGGAAAGUACUUUAGCCGGAAGGAAAGUCUCACUUCCCAUCAAAGAAUUCAUACGGGAGAGAAACCCUAUCAGUGCUUGGAAUGUGGAAAGAGCUUCAGUCGGAAAGAAAGUCUCACUGCCCAUCAAAUAAUUCAUACAUCGGAGGAACCAUAUCAGUGCUUGGAAUGUGGGAAGAGCUUUAAUAUAAGCACAAACCUCUGUCAACACCAGAGAAUUCAUAGUGGGGAGAAGCCAUAUCAAUGGCUGUGUACAAAUUUGAUUUUAGAAGACUUUAAUUAGUAUGAGAGUAAAGAUUGCAUUAGUGUAUUUGUCAACCCAGCAAAGAAGUGGACUUUGUCUCAUAAAACACCCUGUGCCCAAUAUUUCUUAUUCUAUGUACCCAGAUCUGUGAGGUGCAAGUCAUGGGCAAAGGUUUUGAAUGUCACCUCUGGGGAGAGGGCAAAGAACGAUGUGGCAACACUGAUGAGGCAGCCCAAAAUGCUGAAUUUUUCUUUGGAAAAGUUGGCAAGCAAUUCAUGUGCUUCAACAGCCUAUACUUUACAAAUUUGUGGUGCUCCUGAGCACCACUUCCAUCCUCAGCAUGUCCAGGAUGGCGGUGGUGUCAGUUUGAAGCUCUUCCUGGUAUCUCCUGACCAGACACAGGACAGCUCCCAGAAGAGCCAGAAGUUUCUGGCUUCUCUCUGGGAGAAGGGUAAGUUGGGGGUUCCCUUGCUGCUCUCCUCCUUCAAUUCAAAGUACAUUCCGAGAGGAUGCAAGGAGCAAAUAAUUGUAUCCACGAGGAAGAAAGAGUUUUGUGUUCAUUGUACUCAAAGGUGGUUGGGAGCAACAGCAAGCACAAUUUAUUUACUUUAGCCAACCCCAGUCCUCAUCUGCACACACCUGACGCAUGGAAAAAGGCUUAGAUCAGGGUUCCCCAAACUAAGGCCUGCGGGCCGGAUGCGGCCCAAAGGCCUCUUUUAUCCGGCCCGCAACGACCCCACUGCUGCCAUCCGCUCUUACCGGCAUGGCGCGUCGCAGCUGCCCACUUCCGGGUCAGAAAAAGUGCCGGAAAUAGCUUGUGUGCAUGUACAAGCAUCAUUUCCGGUGCACUUCCGGGUCAGAAGAGGCCCAUGCACAUGCACACAAGCUAUUUCCGGCACGUUUUCAACCCGCAUGUGCACCAUAAAUAGCGUCUGCGCAUGCGCACGGGCGUGCACUCCCCCGCUCUCCAGCCCGUCGCGCCAAUGGUGCGGAGGACACCAGCCCAAAGCCAGGUACGUUUGGGGACCCCUGGCUUAGAUUGAACCAAGAUUCUGAACAACACAACUCAUCCCAAUGACAGGCGUCUGACACUUUCCUCCAUGCCAUGUGGACAUAUCAACAGAUCUUGACCAAUUGGAAUUUUUUAAUCAGUGUCUCACAUAUAUUCCUAGCCGCCCUGAGCCCGGUUUUUGACUGGGGAGGGCGGGGUAUAAAUAAAAAUUUAUUAUUAUUAUUAUUAUUAUUAUUAUUACAGGUAGGUAGCCAUGUUGGUCUGAUGUAGUCGAAACAAGAAAUAAAAUAAUUCCUUCCAGUAGCACCUUAGAGACCAACUAAGUUUGUCAUUGGUAUAAACUUAGUUGGUCUCUUAAGGUGCUACUGGAAGGAUUUUUUUAUAUUUUAUUUCUUGCUUCACAUAUAUUCCUUGAGCAGGUGUCACUUCUACUAACACUGUUCCAAUGUUAACUGAGACUCGGUCACAAUGGGCAAGGUAUUUUUGAAACCAUGCUGGGCGGCUGUGUCUCGAGUCAAGGCCUUGUGACCCUCUCCACAUAAGGUCUGGUGCCCCACAGAUUAUUGGUUCUCAAACUCUUGCUGUUCUUGACAAGAAUGGGAAACGAUUCUGUCCAAUAUAGAACUGCCCAUGUUAUUCUGUCUUCCAACCUAUCACCUGCAGUCCUUCCCCAUAGCUGUUCUUGAAUGUGACUCUACUGUUAGAUGCCACCCCAGUCUCCACAGCAGUGUGAGAUUCCAGUGGUCUAGGCACUUGCCCAGAUUUUUGUUUCCUUUGGAAAUGAGGCACUUCAGAGACUGUGGUUUAUUUCAUAGACUCAUAGCGUUGUAGAGUUGGAAGGGACCCCUGUGACGACCAGUGUCCCACUCUCUCUUACUAUCACUGCGACACAGGAAUCCAGAGGGGAAAACACCCACCCUCUUCUCCUGCCGCCUCAAAAAUAAACCCCUUUUACUAGUGGGUUUCUUAGUAAGGAGAGCCUUCCAGCUUACGUGGCCUGGUACCUUAAGAAACUCUAGGCUGUCUGAUGGAAUAACCUCUUGCCUACAGUAAAGGGUCUCCCUCAGUUUGAUUCCCCCCUGUAAAAGUUUGCCCUUUUCACUCUGGCAACUUCUUGGCACCUCAGGUUACCCUUCUAAGCCGCCUCCGUGUAGCUCCAGGACACAAACUGCCACCUCCCUGCCUGAGGUGAGUUUUGCCCUCUCUUGAGCCACCACGGUACCUCUUGAGUCCUGGUACCUCGCUGGAAAAUAAAGACGGACCUUUUUGGCAAAACAGAGAUGAAAUUUUAUUGUGUUAAAAGCAUAAGUGUUUCUUUAACGUUUCAUGUAUUUAUUUGCCUUGUUCCAGUUGUACAAGGAAAAAAAAACUCAGUCAAACAUUUAACUUUAAGUUUUCCUAGCCUCUUCACUUUCUUCAUACAAGCCACCACACCCUCCUCCCUCUCCCUCCUAACUGACCAAACCGACACUCCCUCCUUUUAAACUGGGCACAGUCCCGCCCCCAUCAGAGUUCUAUGUCAGUCAAGCUGGAGGUGGGUUAACUCUUUGCCAGCCGGGUAGGAAUAAACAUUCCAACAGUGCUUCAAUUUGUCACAACCCCCUAGAGUAAUCUAGUCCAACCCCCUGCAAUGCAGGAAUCUCAGCUAAAGCAUCCAUUUUCAUGUAACCAUUUCCAGUGUCUUUCUUUAUUAAGACUUUGACUACUUUUCCUCUUCAUUAAAUGUCUCCCAAUACCCUUCUCCAUCUGUCUGCAAAGCAAUUCAAGAUUAAUCCCAAUUGCCCUGUCUAGCCGAUUCUCUUUUCAGGCAUAAUUUGACCACCAUAGAGCCCAUAACAAUUUAUCCUUUUCAGUGUUUUGGAACGGACAUUCACGACAUACAGUCCCUAAAAGCAGCUAGUUCUGUACUGUAAAAGGCAGGUAGAGACCUUUUCAGUUUGGCUUGGCCAUAAACUAAAAAGUCAAUGGAAUAAUCAAAAUGAUCAUUUUAUGAAAUUAUUGCUUUCUCCAAUGUAUGUAUGUAUGUAUGUAUGUAUGUAUGUAUGUAUGUAUGUAUGUAUGUAUAGACAUCCCUGACCAGAAAACCCAAAGCACUUGUAGCGUGGGAUGUGGAAAUCUCUCCCUUUCUGGGAAAGGCUCUGGCUGGAGAGAAACCUUCCUUGCAAGUGGCCUGGACCGGCUGUGAACUUGAGCUCCCUGAGCCUUCGCCUCUUUUGCUUUCACUUCACUUGGCAGAGCCCAGUUUGAACUCCCUGCACUCUGCGCACCAGAUCCAGCCCCACUUGGAAAAAUCACUGUCCAAAAUGCAGCAGCCAGAUUGCUGGCCAGGCUAUUAAUGGGCUGGCAGAAACAGUUGCAGAUUUGGUAGACAGUGUGGCUGGAAUAAGCUCGAAGCUGCCAAAAGGGAGAAGAGCAGGGCCAAGCUUACAAGACAAGGCUGCUUAUGUUUGCUCCAAUUCCUUUCCCUUCUUGUAGUAAUUUAGAUAUCCAAGGAGGGUUUCCUUCAGAGGAGUCUCCUUACCCCCACCUUUAAGGAGACCAGGACCACACCUGAUGGGGCAUUAGGUAUCUCCAGCACCCAGCUCUUCAUCCCACCACAUUCCCUAGUGUGAUAGUCCAUUAGGGAAGGGCAUCCUAACCACCUUCCAGCUUGUCGACAUCCUUCUUAACUUGUGGUGCCCAGAACUGGGCAUAGUAUUCCAGGUGAGGUCUGACCAAGGCAGAAUAGAGUGGGACUAUUACUUCCCUUCAUCUGGACACUAGAAUUCUGUUGAUGCAGCCUAGAAUAGCAGGAUUUUGUUUUUUGUUUAUGCUGCUGCAUCACACUGUGGGCUCAUGUUAAACUUGUGGUCCACCAAGACCCCGAGAUCCUUUUCACAUGUACUGCUCUCAAGCCAGGUGUCCCCCAUCCUAUAUUUGCGUACCUGGUUGUUCCUCCCCAAGUCAUUUAUCCCUAUUGCUAUGAGUGCAGCAACAGCCUGCCGUGGAAGGACUCGCAGCGUGUGGGGGCGGUGAGGUUCUGGCACCUCUUUUCUAGAGAAAAAGUGCUGCCUUUACUGUUACAGUGUACUAGGUUAUGAAGUCCUCAAGCCCCCCUUGUCUCUCCCAAGGAUCCUCCCAAGACCAUUCAAUCCCAGAGUUGUUGUUGUUUAGUCGUUUAGUCGUGUCCGACUCUUCGUGACCCCAUGGACCAUAGCACGCCAGGCACUCCUGUCUUGCACUGCCUCCCGCAGUUUGGUCAAACUCAUGUUCGUAGCUUCGAGAACACUGUCCAACCAUCUUGUCCUCUGUCGUCCCCUUCUCCUAGUGCCCUCAAUCUUUCCCAACAUCAGGGUCUUUUCCAAGGAUUCUUCUCUUCUCAUGAGGUGGCCAAAGUAUUGGAGCCUCAGCUUCACGAUCUGUCCUUCCAGGGAGCACUCAGGGCUGAUUUCCUUAAGAAUGGAUAGGUUUGAUCUUCUUGCAGUCCAUGGGACUCUCAAGAGUCUCCUCCAGCACCAUAAUUCAAAAGCAUCAAUUCUUCGGCGAUCAGCCUUCUUUAUGGUCCAGCUCUCACUUCCAUACAUCACUACUGGGAAAACCAUAGCUUUAACUAUACGGACCUUUGUCGGCAAGGUGAUGUCUCUGCUUUUUAAGAUGCUGUCUAGGUUUGUCAUUGCUUUUCUCCCAAGAAGCAGGCGUCU